AUGACGGAGGCAGGUGCGCGCUGGCAGAGGGAGCAUUCCACCGGGUGGCAGUCUUACAGUAAAGGAGUUGCCAGGAAGAUCGAGAACGCCUUCCUGGCCGGGGAGUCCAAGGUGCGCCUCAGGCUGUUACGUCCGGCAGGCGACGAGCGGAAGGAGGACCAGCCCUACCCCAUGGUAGAGAUCUUCUUCAAUGACAUGGUCCAGCACGACCCGUGGAACGACCACAGGCACCGUGUGCGUCGAUGCGGGCACACGGGGCUGCUGUUCCACGCACGGUGGGCCGUUGGCAGGCUGAGGCACCUGGCCGACACGGGGCGCUGGCGGCUCGAAGCGCAGGAAGAGUACGAGGCGCGCCGCGAUGCUGUGACGGGGCAGAUCCUCGCCCUCCUGGAGAAGAAGGAGGAGGACGUCAACACAUUCUGGAUGCGGCACCAACGGUCGUCGAAAAACAGUUCGCACUCCUCCAAGCGGAGCUUUGUUCACCCGUAUUCGAACAUGGAAAACGGGUGGGCCAGAGUCGCCACAACUCAAUGGUUCUUCUUCAUGUCCAUGUCGAUGGUCGUGCUAAACGCUGCAUGGAUGUGGGUCGACACCGACAAUAGCCGUUGCAACAGCUUCGUCCAAGCAGAGGUGGAAGUUCAAGUGGUCGAGGUCGCUUUCUCAUUAUAUUUCAGCGCAGAACUCCUCAUUCGAUGGAAGGCAUAUGAUCACAGGUCGGAAGCAUUGCGUGACAAAUGGUUUUUGUUCGAUGCAGUCUUGGUGGUUUUCAUGUUUGUAGAGAUUGUUGUUUUGCCAGCGAGCAUCGUUGUUAUCAAUUCAGGCACUGGCGACCCAGGCGCUGACAUAGGGGUAUUCCGCACCUUGAGAUUGUUGAGGCUAUCCCGGAUAGCGCGGUUGUUGCGAGCGAUUCCCGAGCUGAUGAUGCUCAUCAGGGGCAUCGCGGCUUCGUUGCGGACAGUCUCAUUCACAGUGUUAUUAUUGAGCGGGUUGUUGUUCAUAUUCGCUAUAGUCUUCAAGACCCAAGUGAAAGGCGACCCCUUGGAAGAAAGGAUGUUCCAAAGCGUUUUUAAAUCAAUGAUGACGCUACUGAUGCAUGGAACAUUGUUGGACAGCCCGAACGAACUCUAUUUAGAAAUUGCAGAUGAGUGGCCAGAGCUCUUAUUCGCCUUCUUGGUGUUCAUAUUCCUGAGCAGUUUUACUCUACUGAAUAUGCUUAUAGUGGCGGAUUCUGUGCGACGUCGUCCAGAAGGUGUCCGACAAGGAUCACUCCGACAACCAGGCGAAAUUUCUGAUCGACAACCUGCUGAACAUCCUGGAGGACUUCGACACGAGCGGAGACCGACACAUCAGCAGGGGAGAGUUCAAUGUCCUCAUGCAGUGCCCCGAGACCCACGACGUCCUGACGAAGUUCGGCACGGACCCAGAGAGCCUGAUACUGCUGGCCGACCAGAUCUACGACAACGACGCAGACGGGCUCCUGAGCUUCAAGGAGUUCUUCGACGUGGUGAUGCGGCUGCGCGGCGGCAACAGCGCGAGGUCAAGGACAUGGUGGAGUUGCGGAUCUUUGUCGCGCAGCAGAUGGAGUCGCUGGGCCGGCAGAUCGGCGAGGCCUGCCAGCGCGAGGGCGCGGAGGCGAGCCGCGCGCCGUCGAAGUCCUGGGUGCUGUGCGGCAGCCGCGGCCUCGCCGGGCGCCUCGCCCACGCCGCGGAGGCCAGCAUCAGCACCGAGGCCGGCGCCUCGUUCCUGAGGCCGGGCGUCGACGUGCAGGUGGCAGCCGCCCCGGGCGUCGGCACGGACAAGAGGCUGGACGAGAUCUUGGCCGGCCUGCAGGCUCUGCAGGAUGACGAGCAGCGGGCCCUCCGGGCGGAGGUCGCCCGCCUCGGGGGCGCGGGCGCGGUCGCGCCGCCGCCCUGCUGCGCAGCCUGCGGCGGGGCGCUCGCCCCGAGCUGCCCGCUGGCCAGCGGCGGCGGCGCCCCGCUGGGCGAGGACGGCUUCACGCCGGCGGCGCCGACCGACCGCCCCCCGCUGGCCGGCCUCGCCGCAGGGCGAUCGGCGACGGCCUGCGCCGCGCACUCGGGCGGCGCGCGCGGCGGGUGA